AUGGCCGUCGGUCUGUUCAUCACGAUUCUCCUUCUUUCUCAUCAAACUUCUUCGUCGAUUCAACAAAGCGUUCAAGUGGAUCCAUCCACAUCUCCGAAUGAUCGAGAUGAGAUUCUGUCUGGUGAUCGUUGUACUUCGAAGAAUGAAACCCAACAAGAACUCGUUGAGGCUCGAGUAAAAAUCUGCCGACUCCAGACGGAAAUCGCAAGAAAGCUGAACGAAACGAAGGACAAAGACGUCGAGAUGAGUCGAUUGACAGCAAAAAUGGCUCAAAUCGAGGCGAAUUUAAUGGGGAAAAACGCAAAGUUGGACGCUGAUUUGGUUGCCGAAAGGGAGAGCAAUCGAGAAUUGGAAAGGAAAAUCGCCGAGACAAAAAGGAAGAACGACGAUCUCGAAGCACAAUUAAGCACUCAAAAUACGGAAGUGAGAGACGGAAAAACCAAGAUUGGAGAGCUCGACGGGAAAAUCAACGCGUUGCAGAGCAAGAACUCUGACCCCGAAACCCAAAUACGAUUUGAACGGGAAAACAAAACGGCCGAGAUUGCGAAGUUGCAUGCAGAUUUAAAUCGAACGAUGAAUCUCUUGGAUCCGGGUGGAUGGUCGUAUUUGGCAAAAACCGCUUCUUGGUACAAGGUUAUCGAUCAAAGAAUUUCAUUUGAUGAGGCCGAGGCAUAUUGUGCGAGUCGAAAGAGCCAUCUAGUCUCCAUUCACAGUCAGGAAGAGAACUAUUUUGUUCAGGAACUCGCGAAAACUGUUGGUUCGUAUUCUCACUUCCGGAUCGGACUGAAGAGAAAUCCGAACAAAGGAAAUGCUUUUGAAUGGACGGAUGGAAGUUCGGUGAAUUUCACGAAUUGGUUUCCGGGAUACCCGGUUUCGCACACCCACGCUGCGGUGAGAUUCUCAAUG